GAAGUGAGGAGAACUGUGGCCUGGGUGAUGAGCUAUGUGGUGAGCCUUUCUAGGGGGCUGCACUACCAUUUCAAGAGCCUCCUGCCAGGAGAGAGGGUGACUGCCUAGGAGCAGCUCAAAACAGGACUCCAGCUCCAUGGCCUCCCCAGUGCUCCUCAUCAGCAUCCUCCUCCUGCUGCUGCCCACGCCCGCCCCUGCCCCCUGCUACACGGCUGCGCGCUCUGAGUGCCGACGCAAACUCAAGUUCGUGCCAGGUGCCUGGCUGGCGGGGGAGGGCAUGGAUGUGACCAGCCUCCAGCGUUCACGCUCCUUUCCGGUGGACACACAGCACUACCUGAGGCCCGACGGCACCUGCACCCUCUGCCAAAAUGCUCUGCAGGGGGGCACUCUCCAGCGCCUGCCCCUGGCGCUCACCAGCUGGCGCGCCCAGGGCACCAGCUGCAAGCGCAAGGUGCUCAGAGAAGAGGGCCGCUCCACCGAGGAGGUGGCUAAGGAGGCAGCCAGCAAUAUCCGCAACGACUGGCGGGUAGGGCUGGACGUGACUCCCAAGCCCAGCACCAAUGUGCAGGUGACCGUGGCGGGCUCCCACUCCCAGGCAGCCAACUUCGCGGCCCAGAAGACUCACCAGGACCAGUACCGCUUCAGCCUGGACUCAGUGGAGUGUCGCUUCUACAGUUUUCACCUGGUGCACACGCCCCCGCUCCACCCCGAGUUCAAGAAGGCCCUCAGGACGCUGCCCCCCCACUUCAACACCUCCACCGAGCCCGACUACCUGAGGCUCAUCUCCAGCUACGGCACCCACUUCAUCCAGUCCAUGGACCUGGGUGGCCGCAUCACGGCCCUCACUGCCCUGCGCACCUGCGAGCUGGCCCUGGAAGGGCUCACAUCCAAGGAGGUGGAGGACUGCUUGUCCGUCGAAGCUGAGGUCAGCAUAAGUGGCCGAGCCAGCUCCUCGGCGGCGUACAAGGCAUGUGAGGACAAGAAGAAGCAGCACAAGAUGGGGUCCUCCUUCCACCAGGCCUACCGGGAACGCCAUUCUGAAGUCCUUGGGGGCCGCCACACGUUCAUGCACGACCUGCUGUUCGGGAACCAGGCUGGGCCCGAGCAGUUCUCGGCCUGGGUGGCCUCAUUGCCGGCCAGCCCCGACCUGGUGGACUACACACUGGAGCCCCUGCACGUGCUGCUGGAGAGCCAGGAUCCGCGGCGGGAGGCGCUCCGGCAGGCGGUGAGCAAGUAUGUGACGGACAGGGCGCGCUGGAAGGACUGCAGCCGCCCGUGCCCCCCAGGGCAGCGGAAGAGCCCCCAGGACCCAUGCCAGUGCGUGUGCCAUGGCUCAUCGGCCACCAAUCAGGACUGCUGUCCCCGGCAGAGGGGCCUGGCCCGGCUGGUGGUCAUGAACUUCGUGGCGACGGGUCUGUGGGGAGACUAUUUCACUGCCACGGACGCCUAUCUGAAGGUCUUCUUUGGCGGCCAGGAGCUGCGGACCAGCACCGUGUGGAACAAUAACCAUCCCCAGUGGAUGAUACAUCUGGACUUCGGGGAUGUGCUCCUGUCCACGGGGGGGCCCCUGAGGGUACAGGUCUGGGAUGCGGACUAUGGCUGGGACGAUGACCUUCUUGGCACCUGCGACCAGACUCCACAGUCUGGCUCACACGAGGUGAUGUGCGCCUUGAACCAUGGCCACCUGAAAUUCUCCUACCAUGCCAAGUGCUUGCCUCACCUGACCGGGGGGAAGUGCCUGGAGUACGCCCCCCGGGGGCUUCUGGGGGAACCUCUGGGAAACCGGAGCGGGGCAGUGUGGUGAGGACAGCGGGCCCCCAGAGGACCAGUGUCCUGGACUGACAGGGUCUCACGCAGGGACCCAGGAACUAUCUUCAUAUCCCAUUAGAUAGCUGGAAAACUGAGGUUGUUUUAUUUUGUUUUGUUUUCAAUGAGGUGGCUGAUUUUACAGGGCAGCCCUGAGUCUCCCUGUAUGAAUUACCUUAGCUUUUCGAUAUUCCUGAGCCCCAGAAAUGAACGGGGGCUGGGCCACGCCCUACAGCCACUGCUACACAGUCCCCGGCUCAGGUCAGGAGCUGGGCAGAAGGCCAAGAGGCGGCUCCCACUAGGCCGCCUGGUAUCACUCACCCCAUUCUCUCGCAGCCCUUUCCAGCGUGGUCAAUUCUUCACCAUAUUUGAUCUAACCUCUCUGGCUCCAGCUAUGGUUUGCUCUAUUCCCUUUGCCCAGCAAUUUUGCCUCUCAAGACAAAUCCAGGGCUGUCUUGACCUGUCUCAUUGUGUACAUAGCCCGACAAAGGAUGAAUAAAUGUGAUGUGAUAGUGACCAUGAUGGUGGUAGUUGAGGCAGAGAGGAUGAGGACCAAAUACAGCCCUUGACAUAAAGUUCUAGCAACCCUACCAAGCAGAACAGGUGGUUCACCCCUGGGGAAAGGCAGGUGGUGUAAAUAAACCUUUUCCAUUUUUGUUGGAAAUGGUGGGGGCGGGGGAGACCAAAAAUAUUUUACUUUGCUCACAACUCUCUGGUUUGAGAAACAGAAGCAUACACUCAGUGGUAAAUGGCCUUGGACAUGCAGCUCCCCACCGGGAGGCAAUAAGGAAUGGUGAGGACUAUGGUGAACUGAAAGACACAUGAAUUAUCCAGCGGGCACAGCGACAGCUCUGCACCAGCCAAACACAGGCACACAUCCCAGGCAGGAAUGUGAGCCCAGUGCUACCGGGUCUUCUAAUUUAUUAAAGUAACCAGAAAUCCAGAUUUGACUUCUCAGUGUUGACAAUUCAUUUCGCUUUGUAAAAAUAAACCAAUUUGGGCAAACACAGUACAAGCCAAAGAGAACACAUAUGCCAACCAUGUUUGAUCCAGAGCAAUCUGUCUGAAAACUCUAUAAUUUCAACAAAAUCCAUCUGCAGGCUGAACAGCUCCCUCCUGACCCAUAGUUCUAGGGGAGAAGGCAGUGAUUCCAAGCAGGUGGUGUCUGAGGGCCUCCUGGCCUUGGCAUGCAGGCAACUGCAGCACAGGUUAUGACAUACAAUGAAAUAGUCCUUGUUUCAUGUGCCUGGGACACAGGCCUCAGAACACAGGGUUGGCGGCAAGAUUCAGGGCAGCCUCCCAGACCCGGUAGGAUUUGGUUGUGGAGGGCCACUGUCACAGGGGCUCAGAGUAGCUGGCAUGGCCCUCCCGACUCUCUUUGAAACUCGCUACAAAUUAAGCCCUUUGAGGCCCGUGUGGACCCAGAUGCUCAAAAGCCCAGCAGUGACAUUACACUGACCCUGAAUCCCCCAGUGAGGUGAGGUGGGGAGGGGUGGCUGGCAAGUUCUAGAAGUCUGAUCGAAACCACUAUUCUUAUACCUUUCCGUUCACAGCCCUACACACAAACAAGAAAAAGCACAAGAGAAAUCACAAAGCGUCACCCUGGCUACUGCACUAAUUGAAAAUAAACAUGGAGGAGUUCCCA